UUUAUUGUUCGGAGACCGAGCCAACUGUGGAUCUCUCCAGCGUAAUCCGUUUCCACGGGCAGCCGGCCGACAUGGCGACCGCCAAGACGCUUCUCUCCGGAACAGCCAGUGUGUGAGCGGGUUUGGGUCGGGCAGUGUUCGAGAUCAGCCCCCGGACACGGGUGUGUUUCAUCCAGAGCUGCUUUAGGGGUAAAUAUCAUACGUGGACGCCGUGUUUUGUAAUCAGGGCCUGUGGAGACACUGAGGAAGACAAUGGUGGAGCAGGAGCCGACGUCUACAGCGGGGCAGCGGCUGGGUGCCCCGGACACGCUGGGCAUUAGCACGCUAGAACCAGGCCACAAACCACCCACGAUGCCCUCCGGCCGGCACAUAGCCAUCAGAGUCCGGAUGCUGGAUGACUCGGAGGAGAUAUUUGACGUCUCUCAACGGGCAUCGGGCAAGGUUUUGUUUGAGAUGGUCUGUGCACACCUCAACCUGGUGGAAGGAGAUUACUUUGGUUUGGAGUUCCAGGACCAGCGUAAGAUGAUGGUUUGGCUCGAUCUAUUGAAACCCAUCAUGAAGCAGAUCAGACGGCCCAAGCACACAGUCCUACGGUUUGUAGUGAAGUUUUUUCCACCUGACCAUGCCCAGCUGAUGGAGGAACUGACCAGGUACCUGUUUGCUCUCCAGAUUAGGCAGGAUCUGGCCAGUGGCCGACUCACCUGCACUGACAGUAGCGCUGCCCUGCUGGUGUCCCACAUUAUCCAAUCUGAGGUCGGAGAUUUCGAAGAGGCUCAGUGCAGACAGCACCUCCUCAAUAACAACUACAUUCCUGACCAGAUGGCCCUUAUGGACAAGAUCAUGGAGUUCCACCAUAAGCAUGUUGGUCAAACCCCAGCAGAGUCAGAUUACCAGUUAUUGGAAGUGGCGCGCAGGCUGGAGAUGUAUGGUAUCAGACUGCAUCCAGCUAAAGACAGAGAGGGGACCAAACUCAGCCUAGCUGUUGCACACACAGGAGUGCUGGUCUUUCAGGGUCACACCAGGAUCAAUGCCUUUAACUGGUCUAAAAUACGCAAGCUCAGCUUCAAGAGGAAACGGUUCCUCAUCAAACUCAGACCUGACCUCAACCAGAGUGCAUAUCAGGACACUCUGGAGUUUGUGAUGGCGAGUCGGGAUUGCUGUAAAGUUUUCUGGAAAAUCUGUGUGGAAUACCACGCAUUCUUCAGACUUUUUGAGGAACCCAAACCCAAACCUAAACCUGUCCUCUUCAGCCGAGGAUCAUCUUUCAGGUUCAGUGGUCGGACUCAGAAGCAGGUGAUUGAUUACGUGAAGGACACAGAGUUUAAGAAGCUGCCUUUCUACAGAAAACACAGUAGAGUUCAAUACAACAGCAGUCUGUCUCCCCUGCCUUCUCCACUACACUCACAAGUGCCAAACCAAGCUGAGGGGCGAAGCUGGAAGGAGUCUGCGUUGGUAAGCUCGGAGGACUCUGCAGCAUUACGGAUGCGUGGAAGCCCUUCCCCCUCGGCUCAGCGGAGUGGCCGGAACGACGGUGGAUCAGCAGCAGCCGACGACUCUCGGGCUCAGGCAGUGGGCGCCAGGCAGCAGGGCCCAGAGCUCCACACUGCAGAUGUGGCAAGUUUGUCAGUGUCUCUAGUAAACGGUCAUCGUCGUGGUGAUGAGCUGAAUGGUGCAAGUCCGAGUCCAGAUGGUCAGCAGCCCUCGCCCCUCACCUCCCCCCUGCUGAACGACAGCAGCGGUCUGCGCACAGAUGAUGAGGAAGAGAACAGGAGGAAGAGAUUUCCGACUGACAAGGCUUAUUUCAUCGCUAAAGAGCUGCUCACCACUGAGAGGACUUACCUGAAGGAUCUGGAGCUCAUCACCUUGUCAUUCCAGAGUGUUCUGGAUAAAGAGGAGUCCACUCCUGAGUCUUUGCAGAACCUGUUGAAGUCUAGCUUCGAGCCUCUGCACUCCUACCACUUGGACUUCCUCAAAGAGUUGGAGCAGAGACUUGCUUUAUGGGAAGGACGCUCGAAUGCCCAUAUUAAAGGAGAUUACCAGCGCAUUGGAGACGUCAUGCUGAAAAACACCCAGGGACUGAAGGCGCUGACAGCCCAGCUGCAGAAACAUUCAGAGUGUGUGAGUGAGCUGGAGAAAGCGUGCCGCGCAUCGCGGAGGCUGGAGAACGUAUGUCGAGACUUUGAACUGCAGAAGGUGUGUUACGUACCCUUAAACGUGUUUAUCCUGAGGCCGCUGCACAGGCUGCUGCAUUACAAACAGAUUCUUGAGAGGCUGUGCAAACACUAUCCCGCCACACACCCUGACUUCAGAGACUGCAGAGCUGCGCUGGCUGAUGUGUCAGAGCUGGAGGCUCUGCUGCACUCCAGCAUGUUGAAAACUGAUAACUAUCAGAGGCUGCUGGAGCUGCAGAAAGACCUGAUUGGGGUGGACAAUCUGGCAACCCCAACACGUGAAUUCAUCAGACUGGGCUGCCUGAGCAAGCUUUCUGGGAAAGGCCUGCAACAGCGCAUGUUUUUUUUGUUCAGUGACGUGCUACUGUAUACGAGUCGAGGGAUAACAUCAUCCAAUCAGUUUAAAGUACACGGACAACUUCCUCUCCGUGGAAUGACAAUCAGGGAGAGUGAAGAGGAGUGGGGAGUUCCUCACUGCUUCACUCUGGUCACCCAGCGCCAGUCAGUGGUGGUAGCAGCAAGUUCUGUAUCAGAGAUGGAGAAAUGGAUGGAGGAUUUAAAAAUGGCUGUGGAUCUGGCUGAGGACUCAAAUGGACCUUCAGCAAGCCUGCUGACCAAUAGCAACGAUGUCAAGUCUCCAGGGGAGUGGGCUUCGGAGGUGGAGUCAGAGGAUGACCUGGGUGGGUCGCGCACAUCUCUGGAGCGCCAUGGCAACAGCUCAGCACAUCACCGUGGCAACACCACGGUUCAUGUGUGCUGGCAUCGCAACACCAGCGUUUCCAUGCUGGACUUUAGCAUAGCGACGGAGAACCAGCUCUCUGGGAACCUGCUACGGAAAUUUAAGAACAGUAAUGGCUGGCAGAAGCUCUGGGUGGUUUUUACAAACUUCAGUUUGUUCUUCUACAAAACACACCAGGAUGAGUAUCCAUUGGCCAGUCUGCCUUUGCUGGGUUACUCUGUAACUGUGCCAGCUGAGUCUGAGAACAUCCAUAAAGACUACGUGUUCAAACUUCACUUUAAAUCCCACAUCUAUUACUUCAGAUCUGAGAGCGAAUACUCAUUUGAGAGGUGGAUGGAAGUGAUUCGCAGUGCCACCAUCUCAUCCAGCAGAACUCGCUAUCUCAACCGCAAAGAGCCCUACUGAGCCAUACAGCCUUAGGGAGCUAGUGUGUGUGUGUGUAUGUGUGUAUGAUCUGACCUUGAUGGUCAGUUUGUGUUAGCUCUUUAAGCAAAAAUCACUUUUUGUGACAUCAGCGUUUUCUAUCAUGAUUUUACACCAUAAGACACAUUAAUCCAGUGCGUCUGACAGUCCCCAUGAAGAGUCCUGGUGCUUUUUUUUAAACGGUGACAUGUCCGCUGAACGUCGUAUUUUUGUGCAUAUCUGCUUUUUUCUGCAUUUUUCUGCAUUUUUACUGGGCUGUUUGCCUCUUUUAUAGAAUCUCAUUUUAUAUACUAUGAUUAAUUAUCUAUCCGUGCGCACUCUGGUCUGCCAUAAGUGUCACUUGUUACUUCAUAAUGGAGGCCUCUCGAUACUGGUGCCCUGAUUUUUGAUAAGUAACUUCAUAUGCAUUUUAUUUCUGCAAAACAACUUGCAAAACAACUUUCUAUGUUUUGAUGACUGCUAUUAACAGACUCUCUUCUUGUAAUCCACCAGUCUAUGUGCCAAACUUUUUUUGAUGUCUUUCAGACUUAAAGUACAAUUUUCAUUCAUUGAUGAUAAGGAGCCUCUGUAAAGUUGCAUUUUGGAGAGGUUUUAAAAAUGUAGGUGGCUUUAACUUUUCCACAGAAAAUGUUUAAAACAAAAAGUGAAGAAGAAAUUUUAAACAUGAUUUUCUCAUUAAGAUAUCUAAGGUACUUCAAAAAGUAUUACAUGAAAAUGUAUUUUAUGUCUUUUCUUUCGUUAUAUUAGUAUUGAUAUGACAUUUCUUAAUUCAGGGUUGUUAAAUUUCCCACCGCUGCCGUUUUAGGAGAAAAAUCACAAUCUAGCCCACUCCAUAUUAAUAAAGCCACACCUCACGGCAUUAGAACAGCCAUGCUCCUCACUGCAGUUUAUGCAAAAACCACAGUCAGAAGCUACAUAUGAAGAAUGCCAUUGAGGAAGUAAAGCUUUAAAGUGUAGAGUUAAACAUGAUUUUGUAGUUUCAUAAACACUAUAUACUCUCAGAAGACAAGGCUGCCUCAUUGUGAAGGUCUGUCAGAGUGGUUUAUAUGUGAAAACUGAAGGGCUGAGGGAGUUUGGCGUGGCUACCUGAGCAUCUACGGGCAGAGUAAGGAGGUUUUCAUAUUCCAGAUAAAUAAGAAGAGAAAGAGAAACAAAGAGCGCUCUAUGGAUAUGAAAGCAAUAAACACAUUUGAACAUCCUGAA